AUGUCCGAUUUUCAAGAAUCAUUUGACGCGCUAUGUGCUGCUGUUCCAAGAUUACGAGACAUUCUUAUAGAAAUUGGGUUUGAGAAAUGGUCAAGAGCACAUUGUCCAGCGAGAAGAUAUCAUUACAUGACAUCUAAUAGCGCUGAAUCUAUGAAUGCUUUAUCAAACCAUGCCCGAAAAAUUCCAAUAACCCAAUUGAUAGAAUUUUUCGUACAGUCUGUCCAAAAAUGGUUCUAUGAUCGCCGGAAAGAGGGAAUUCAAGGGGAACACUUUCUUACACCGUGGGCUCAAAAAAAAAUUCGAGGCAAAGUGGAAGGUUCUCGUUCGUGGGUGGUUGCUGGAAUUUCCCAGGACAGUUUUGAUGUUGAUGACGGUGGAAAGAGAGGUUUAGUUGACUUCUCAAAUGGAACAUGCACUUGUCGGGUUUGGCAAGUAUCUGGGUUACCUUGCGGGCAUGUUAUUGCGGUAUCUAGAUUUUUAGGUGAACCAGAUUGUGCUCAUUAUGCGAUGCCAUUUUACAGUAAUGAAGUUUAUAAAUCGACGUAUGUGGAGCAUAUAAAUCCAGUGCCUGAUAAAUCAGAGUGGGAAGUACCCGAUGGACUGGUGAAUCUACAACCACCGCUUAUUACAAAACGACAAGCCGGACGUCCGAAAGAAAACAAACGAAUCUUAUCGCAAGGAGAGGACCCAACUCCCGUAUAUUGCGGUAGGUGCAAAACGUAUGGGCAUUCACGGGCGAGCUGUUUAGCACCGCCCAAAACAAAGACUUCUUCUCGCCCCGUCCCUAGGCCGGAACCCAGUACCGCCCAAGUUGAAGCCGGAGAAUUUCAGGAUUAUGUACUUCAACAUACAUGGCCCUCGUACAACUUGGGUGAUGAUUAA